AUAAGUUAACGCAGUCAGUUACAACUUAACAUGGUAAAAAAAAAUUCAUUCACAAUAUAAAUACUCAUUUAACGAAACAUUGCAAACCAUAAAACAAAGAAUAAAAGAUGGCUUCCCAUAGAAAUCUGAUAAUGCUUGUCACACUAUCGUUGCUCAUGAAAGUAGCGUUAUCUCAAAACGGUGUAGUGAUGGGUAAGAAUAUAUUCAAAUGGGAAUUUUUUCCGAAAAUAUUUGUAUACGUCUCCAACGAUAUCGAAGGUAGAUUGGACCUACAUUCUAGUUGCAUUGAGAACGGAAAUACGGUUUCUCGUUACCGAGGAUUAAUUUUACCGGGGCGUAGUAAAGAAUUCGUUCAUUUCACGAAAACUUUCUGGGGAGGAAAUCGCUAUGUUUGUGAAUUUAGAUUUGGGGGUGAAACACAAACACAUCGUUUUACUAUUUAUAGAGAUAGCAGAGAUAAUAUUGACAAAUAUCAGUGCAGAAACUGUUUUUGGUCCAUCAGAAGGAAUGGACCUUGUGCUUUUAAUUCACAUACUGAAAGAUAUGAUAUUUGUUAUGCUUGGGAUAGAUAA